AUGGGGAAUCAAGAUGGGAAGCUGAAGAAAAAUACAGGUGAUGUGCAUGAAGGAGGAGAGGAUGCUUCUGGGCCCAGGGAUACAGAUGGCACAAAGAAGGUAUCAGGAAGCAGAAGGGGACUGGGGAAGCAUGUAAAAGGAAGUGAAUCUGGUAAGAAGAAGGGUAAGUCGGACUCCAGGGCUUCGGUGUUUUCAAACCUGAGGAUCAGAAAAAAUCUGUCUAAGGCUAAAGAUGGGAAUAGUAGUUCACGGGAGGAUGUUUUGGAAAGCCAGGCCUUGCAGGCUGGAGAGCUGGACAGUACUCAUUCAAUCAUUACCAAAACUCCAGAUAUAAGCAUCUCUGCAGAUGAAGGGGGUCUCUCAGACACAGAUGUUGAACAUUUUGAAAUCAGAAAUGAAACUGUCCCAGCUGCUGUGGAGACACAGGAUGGACAAAGGACCAGCUCUGGCUCUGAUACAGAUAUAUACAGUUUCCAUUCAGCCACAGAACAAGAGGAUUUGCUUUCUGAUAUCCAGCAAGCUAUUAGACUGCAGCAGCAGCAGCAGCAGGGGGCAAUUAACAUUGGAACUGAGGACCUUGUCACCAAAACAAUGGGUCAACACAUGGCAAAUUCAAAAGCAGCCCCCUUAGAUUUUGAACGCUUUUUUUCAAUAACUACUACUGACAAAGAGAGGAGCCCAGACACUGAGGGGGAUUUUCCAGCGAUAUCUGAAAUUGCCGAAAACAUUCCCAUCUCCUGUGCAACUGAAUGUGAACUAAAAGAAGUGGUAAAUGGCACAGCCUUUCCUGGUAACGGUUUAAUUGAAACACAAGAACGUAAGCUAUUGAUUGAAGAACAGGAAAAGCUUAUUGCUGGAGUGGAUGCUGUAGCUAGUGACAUAGAAGAUUUAAAUAGAACUGCAGUAGAAAAUGAAUCUCAGACAUACGUCUCCACACAACCUUUCCUAACCUCAGUAGCAGAUGCUGAGGCUAAAAUUGCUGAAGUGCAGGCUGUUGAUUUCCAGGGCUCAGUAACAGAGGAUGGUAUUUCAGAUGCAAGGUGCAGACAUGCUGCUGAGACUCAGGAAGGAAAAGUGUCAGCCAGUCAAGAGGACCUGUAUAACGGUUUAUCCACGGAAAUAAAAAAUAGCAUUUUGUCCUCUGAGGGGACAGCAAACAGUCCAACAUUUGGUUCCCGAUGCUUUAAGCCUUAUCUAAUUAAUCCUUGUUACAUCAAAACCACAACUAGGCAACUGAGUUCUCCCAACCAUUCACCUUCUCCUUCUCCGUCCCAGAGCCCACUUUUUACAAGGAGGCAGGAGUCCUUCCACAAAAAAGUUUCAAUCAAGAAGCAGAGGUCUGCUAGUUUGGCUGGUUUAUUUAGCCGUUCUGCAGACUGGACAGAAGAGGUAUCUAAUCACACAUGUGAAAUAACACAGAAAGCGGGCUCUGCAGACUACUUGGAGCACAAGAGAUUUGGAGAGAAAUUUCAAACAGAAAGAGUGCCUUUGACUCAUUCAAGGAAGUCCUCAGGGGUGCAGGCUUCUACAGAGACAUUUCCCAAUGUCUUUUCAGGACGAACUCUGCUGGAAAAGCUCUUCAGCCAGCAAGAAAACGCACCACAAGAAGAAGCAGAAAAACUAUGUUCUCGCAUUAUUGCAAUGGGUCUUUUGCUUCCAUUUACUGACUGCUUCAGAGAACCAUGUAAUCAAAGUGCCCAGAAAAGCACACCAACAUUUGAUCAAGACCAGCUUUAUACUUGGGCUGCAGUUAGCCAACCUACACAUUCAUCAGAUUACAUUGAAGGAAGCUUUCCAAGGAGAAUUCCAUCUGUGUGGCGCCCACCCAAAACUCCAGAUGAAGAACAAGGACCCAAAGUUACUGAAGAAGAGUUGAAAUCUACUGUCCCAGAAACAGAGAAACAAUGCAUAGAAGGUGUUCAGCAGGCACAGGGUGAUUUAGGGGUGAAAUUUGAGGAGCGUGUCAGUGUCAUCCAACAACUUGAGCAAACUAUUGAGGAUCUCAGGACCAAAAUUGCAGAGCUAGAAAAACAGUUCCCCACUGCAGAGGUACAGACUGCUGGGAAGGUGCAGGAAAAUGAGCGCACACACACAAUCUGCAGGGAACUUGGUAGCGUGACUCAUCAAGCCAACAAAGAGGAGAGUGUACCCAGGACUGUGUCACAAGCAAGAUCUGUACAAACGUCACCAACAGAGGACUACUUCACACACACAAUGCCUUCAGCCAAUGCACUGCCACAGCCACCCCCACCACCAGAAGGCAAAAGUGAAGGGCCAAGUCAGAAAUUACCAGAUCUAGAACUGCAACCUACGUUUUGUUCUGAAAUCUCCCUAAUUUUGUCACCGAAGCUAAUCUCAGUGCCACUGGAUGCAAGCCAAUCAGUUCAGAGUACACCCCAUUCACCUCUCCAGGGACCCAAAGUUAAUUUGUCCCUUGCAUUUGAAGGAGAGAAUGAAAUGCCAGCUUCCUGUCAGCCUCUAAGUACUGUAGAUGUGACUUGUAGUGGGCAACCCCAUUCUUUGCCCCCAGAGCCCACAUGUAGCAUUCCCCCAUCACUACCAGUCACUGAAACAGCUGCUCCCCUGUCUAGAGCACAUGGUCCUUCCCUUGCCACUCCCAUGUCCAUGGCAGGAGUACCACUCCCACCACCCCUGCCUGGCUCAGGACUCCCUCCUUCUGGCUCAGUAGUGCCACACUUGGACCACUCUUUGCCAGGCAUCAUGAUGCCACCAGCCCCUCCUACUCCUCCACCUUUGCCAAGUGGAGAGAUAAUGAUGUUGCCUCCAGCCCCACCCCCACCCCCACCUCUACCAUCAGCUUUUCCAGGGGCAGGAGUCUCAUCCUCUCUGCCCAGUUGGGGCAUCCCGCCUCCACCACCACCACCACCGCCUGGUGGUGUCCCCCCGCCACCUCCUCCACCACCUCUGCCUGGUGCAGGUGUCCCUCCCCCGCCUCCUCCACCACCUCUGCCUGGUGCAGGUGUCCCUCCCCCGCCUCCUCCACCACCUCUGCCCGGUGCAGGUGUCCCUCCCCCGCCUCCUCCACCACCUCUGCCCGGUGCAGGUGUCCCUCCCCCGCCUCCUCCACCACCUCUGCCCGGUGCAGGUGUCCCUCCCCCGCCUCCUCCACCACCUCUGCCUGGUGCAGGUGUCCCUCCACCACCUCCUCCACCACCUCUGCCUGGUGCAGGUGUCCCUCCACCACCCCCUCCUUUGCCUGGGUUGGGGAUGGCACCUCCACCCCCACCACCUUUGCCUGGACAAGCACCACCCCUUCCAACAGCAGCCCUGGGGAGCACCUACCCAGCAGUCUCACAGGGCUGUGGGUUUCUUCCUCCUCUGCUACCAUCUGGUUUAUUUGCAAUGGGGAUGAGUCAGGAGAAAGGAAGCAGGAAGCAUGUGAUAGAGCCUUCUCGGCCAAUGAAGCCUCUUUACUGGACAAGAAUUCAGCUCCACAGUAAAAGAGAUUCCAGUGCUUCACUUGUGUGGGAAAAAAUUGAAGAGCCUUCCAUAGAUUAUCAUGAGUUUGAAGAACUGUUUUCUAAAACCGCUGUUAAAGAGAGGAAGAAACCCAUUUCGGACACCAUUACCAAAACAAAAACUAAACAAGUUGUAAAGUUGUUAAGUAACAAAAGAUCUCAAGCUGUUGGAAUAUUAAUGUCUAGCCUUCAUUUAGACAUGAGGGACAUUCAGCAUGCUGUUGUGAACCUGGACAACUCUGUGGUUGACCUAGAGACCCUUCAAGCCCUGUAUGAGAACAGAGCACAAUCAGAUGAGUUAGAAAAAAUUGAAAAGCAUAGCAAGGCAUCAAGGGAAAAGGAAAAUGCCAAAUCUUUGGAUAAGCCUGAACAGUUCCUCUAUGAACUCUCACUAAUUCCGAACUUUUCAGAACGUGUGUUUUGCAUCCUGUUCCAAUCAACAUUUUCGGAAAGUAUUUGUUCAGUCCAUCGCAAACUUGAAUUGUUGCAGAAACUAUGUGAGACCUUGAAAAAUGGAUCAGGAGUUAUGCGGGUCCUGGGUUUGGUUCUUGCCUUUGGAAAUUACAUGAAUGGUGGAAACAGGACACGAGGGCAGGCUGAUGGAUUUGGACUAGAUAUCCUGCCAAAACUGAAAGAUGUCAAGAGCAGUGAUAACAGCAGAAGUCUUCUUUCUUACAUUGUCUCAUACUAUUUACGUAAUUUUGAUGAGGAUGCUGGAAAAGAACAAUGCAUCUUUCCUCUUCCAGACCCACAAGAUCUCUUCCAGGCUUCACAAAUGAAGUUCGAAGACUUUCAAAAAGAUCUCCAAAAAACAAAGAAAGAUUUGCGAGUAUGUGAGAGAGAAGCAGCAAAAGUUUAUCAGCUAUCACUAGAAGAGCACCUCCAGCCUUUCAAAGACAGCAUGGAGCAAUUCAUUAGUCAAGCUAAAAUAGAUCAAGAAAAUGAAGAGAAAUCACUGACAGAAGCACAUAAAAGCUUUUUGGAAACUACAGUGUAUUUCUGUAUGAAACAAAAAAUGGGAGAGAAAGAGGUAUCCCCACAUUCUUUCUUCAGUAUUUGGCAUGAAUUCAGUUCUGACUUCAAAGACUUCUGGAAGAAGGAAAAUAAACUUAUUCUUCAAGAAAGAGUUAAAGAAGCAGAGGAAGUCUGCAGGCAGAAAAAGGGGAAGUCAAUAUAUAAUAUAAGACCAAAACAUGACUCUGGAAUUAAAGCAAAGAUAAGUAUGAAAAUCUGAGAGAAGAAAUGAAAAAGCCAUUGUUAACCUGGUUACCAAAAC